CGUGCGGGCAGAGGGCCGCUGUGUGCCGGGGCAGAAUGAAGCUGACCACGCAGGCCUACUGCAAAAUGGUGCUGCACGGUGCCAAGUACCCGCACUGCGCCGUGAACGGGCUGCUGGUGGCCGAGCGGCCGUCGGGAGCCCCGCGCCGUGACCAGGCCGGGCCCCCCUCGCUCUUCGUCGACUGCAUUCCGCUCUUCCACGGUACCCUGGCCCUGGCGCCCAUGCUGGAGGUGGCCCUCACCCUGAUUGAUUCCUGGUGCAAAGAGAAUAGCUAUGUGAUAGCUGGAUAUUACCAGGCGAACGAACGCCUGAAGGACGCCAGUCCAAACCAGGUGGCAGAGAAGGUGGCCUCCAGAAUUGCAGAGGGCUUUAACGAUACAGCACUCAUAAUGGUUGAUAACACCAGGUUCACGAUGGAGUGUGUAGAACCUGCCAUUCACGUCUAUGAGCUUCACGAGAACAAGUGGAGGUGCAAGGACCCACACAUUGACUUCUGCGAGGACUGGCCGGAGGCGCAGAGGAUCGCCGCGUCUCUCCUGGACAGCAAGUCCUACGAGACCCUGGUGGAUUUUGAUAACCACCUGGAUGAUAUCAGGAACGACUGGACAAACCCAGAGAUCAACAAAGCUGUCCUCCACUUGUGCUAGAGGCCCUCCCAGUGACUGACUGAUUGAUGGGCAUCCCCACUCUGUACUGAAGAGAGGAAAAAUGCUGUUUUGGAAUGUAAAUAGAAUUACCAUUCAGUACCUUGUGUGGGGACCUGACUGAUUAAAAGGAGGAGCAUGUCACACUGGGGAGUGAUGUGUCCCCAAGCCAUUAAAUCUCUUUCUUUGCUGACAUUCCUUGGAAGAGCUGCAAACUGUCGAUCACAGCUGUCCUCAUGGAUGUCUGCCCAGUCGUAGGGAACGUUGCUGUUCCUUCAAUGCCAGAACUACUUCUGCUCAUCCCUACUGUCUGUAUUACAAGUUUUUAACCAAGCUUUUUCUAACCUUCUCAGAGGUUACUUUUUAACCAUCGAUGGAAGUACCAUGAAAAAAAAAAUCUUGUCCUCAGCUGAGAAAUGUUAAGGUCAAAUACAUAAAAUAUAAGGUGAA